AUGUCGUUUUUGAAGCAGUUGAGGCGCCGGUCAAGGGCCAGCUUCCACUCGGAACCAAAGAGCGCUUCGCAUCAGGUCCACGAGGUCUCGGGAAAAUCCUCCUCCACGAUCGACACCACCUCCCACAGCUCCAUCACUCCGCCCUCGUCGAUCAAACCGACCCUCUCUUCACCCAAUCUGCCUUCGCUGAACGAGGUCGAUUCCAGUGGCACCAGCUCCGCCAGCGUAACUCUAGCUCCACCUCCGCAACGACCAGCCUUAGCAACCAAUCCGCAACGGAAUAGCAUCUACGGAAGCUCCUCGUCGUCGAUCAAUGGCGUAUACCGGUCGCCCACUCCAAGUUCCCCGUACGCGCCGAGAAUAGUAUCGAUCGCCGACAAUUCCUGGGUUCAUCAAAAAGUUCUUCUUGUUUAUGGCCAGACCGGAGACCCCAGAACGCAACCGCUGGACGGAAAUGUAAUGGUCUACCAUCACCAAGAUAAUUUCCCGUCGAUCGGCUGGCCCGUCACGGCGUCUCACUUCAAAGCUCUUGUUCAUCUCGUUCCCGGUCCCAAUCGUCUCAGGUUCGACUUUGUUUCGCCCAAGCUGUCUACAGGUAGCACUCAUCCGGCGAUUCAUUCCGCGUGGAUUUGCAUCAAUUACCUCCCGCUAGUCAAUACUCCGCCGCUACACUUGGUAAUUUUGAUGGGCAAGGACUCCGAUGGUACUUACGACGCCGUGCCCGAAAGAGCGGAGCGAGAAGGCAAUGGAUUGGAGACUGCGAUUCGAAAAUACCGCACGGCCGCAUAUCUUUGGCAAGCCUUCACUGGCGAGCAGAUGUUCCGCAACAACUUUGGACGACGGUGCUUCCGCUUUGAAGAGGAGUGGCAGUCUGGUAGUCUCAGCUCUCGGGACUUGGCAACCGGUCAAAUGCGCAACGAGGCCAAGAUUCACGUCGUUCGCAUGAUGCUCAGAAAAAAAGACGCCCUUUUCGAUAUCGCGAAGGAGGCUGUCCGGAAGCACUUCCACCCCCAGCCGGGCCAGCAGCAGUAUGUUUCUGUCCUUUUGUUGGAUUCCCACUGGGAUACAAAAUCGCAGACCAUCACCGGUCACGCCGCUCUUGGAUCGGGGGGCGGAGAUAUCAAGAUGGCCAUCUUCGGUUCCCACAGCCUCCAGAGCUACCCAUCGUGUCUCGAAGAAGUGGUCGAUGCCUUUUCAGACUGCACACGGACUGAUACCAACUAUGUCGCCAACGACUGUGGCGAAGCCGGGUCGAAUUGGGAAUCUGCCAAUAUUGGCAUUGGUGCUCACUUGCACGAGGUGGGACAUCUUUUUGGUUGCCCGCACCAGGAGUCAGGCAUCAUGCUUCGCGACUAUGUGCGCCUGGGACGCUCUUUCAUCACCAAAGAGCCGUUCUCGACGCGCACCAAGACCCAGGGACUCAAGGUGUGCUUACCGAACGAUGAGUGCGGAUGGCAUCGUUUGGACACGCUGCGUUUCCGCUUCCACCCAUGCUUCCGUCUUCCUAGUGAUGCCACUCCGAGUUCUGAUGACAGCGUGCAAGUGUGGCCGGUGGAGAAUGGCAAGAUUCUAUUCACUGCUUCAUCGGGCAUUGCGUGGAUGGAACUGUACACAGAGGGCGAGGAGUUCUGUCAUACCUUUAUUGAGUACCUGGGCACCGAGUCGAGCAGCAAUGGCCUGCCGAAGCAAAUCAUGGUGACGGAAACCGAGCUUCGCCAAAAGAUGUCCGGUAUUGAAAAGGAGAAACUCUUCGGUGGUGAAAAGGAGAAGAAGAAAAAGCUUCGCCUGGUCGUUGUUUCUGGGACACUAGGCAGCUAUACUGUGGAGGAUGUCGGACAAUUGAAGUCGAAAAAUUCCCUUGUCAAGCUUCCCAAGAACCAGUCCGGCUACAAGAGCGGGAAACUCGGCCAAUCCAGUCUGGAUGGCAGUGAGCCCGAGCAGGUGCUUCUAGAGUGUGCUUUCAUCCAAUCCAAGCUCCUCACCUCCAUCAAGGUCUACCACGGCUCCGCGUUGGACGGCAUUGAGUUCUGCUACGAAGAUAUGACGACCCAGCUCUUUGGCAAACGCGGUGGCAAGGCUGGCGGCGAUGAGUUUGUCCUCGACACCCGACGCGGAGAGAUUCUCCUUGGAUUCUACGUUCGAGCUGGGCUCUGGAUCGACGGCGUGGAAAUUCUCACCAGUAUGGGCAGGAAAUCCGGCUUCUUUGGCAAUGCCUCUGGCGGAUCAGGACACACACUGAUUCCGCCUCUGGGAUACAAAAUUGCCGGAGUUUCAGGCUCGAGUGGCGCUUGGGUCGAUGGCUUCUCCCUCAUCAUCCAGCACUGA